AUGCGCGCCGGCGGCGGCGCACCGACCGGCGGCGGGGGUAACGAAGAGUACGCCGAGUUGGCGGACCUGGGCAGCGGGCAUUAUGGUAUUAGUGGGACUCAAACUACGGGAACUCGUUCUACGGCGCCGAUACCUGCCGAAGCGGAAGAUGUACUCGGUCCGACCAAUGGUAGUCCGAGAAGUUAUCCGAGGAGUCGAUCUGGGUUGUACUAUUCGCCACCGGGUACUUCAUAUACCAUCGUGGAACGUCCUAGUUCUGUGAUGCAUCACCAUCCUAGUAGAGAUUAUGCCUAUAAUUCUUUAAGCAGUCCCAGAGGUACCUAUUUGGGCUCAAACCCAAACUUUAGUACCACAUCAGGCCGCACUCCUUCUUCGAACAAUAAAAAACGUCCCAUUUCUCCUGAACAAGUUCUUCGUCUAUUCGGUACCAAUAAUCCAUCUUCCUCAACAGUUAAGACGGGAAUUGAAAGACCGAGAAGAUCACCUGCUAGUAGUCCUCCAUCUACAGCACAUCAAGUUAAUAGAGAAGUGAAUUAUGUGCCUAACAUACACGAACUGGCAACGAGAACUGUCACUAUGGUUAGGGAACCUCAAGAUGGCACACAUGGAUUCGGGAUAUGCGUUAAAGGUGGAAAAGAGGCUGGUAUAGGAGUGUAUAUUUCACGAGUUGAAGAAGGAAGUGUUGCAGAAAGAGCAGGUCUGCGUCCGGGAGAUUCUAUUUUGGAAGUUAAUGGAACUCCCUUCACUGGAAUAUCACAUGAAGAAGCAUUAAAAAUGCUGAAAUCCUGUAGAAAAUUAAGCAUGACCGUUCGAUCUCCAAAUUUACCUACAGCAGGUUAUGGAGGAGGUGCUCCGUGGCAGAUGCGACAAACUUGUUCAUGGAUGGAUAGACAUGGACGACCCGUAUCUCCUCCUAUGGAAUACACCAGAUCAGGUCCAGUACCACCUCAGAGGUAUGGAUAUGGUAGACCUUCAAGCAAGGACAGGAGUAUAAGAAGGGUUGAACUCUGCAUAGAACCAGGUCAAAGCUUGGGGUUAAUGAUCAGAGGGGGUGUCGAGUAUAAUUUGGGAAUCUUCAUCACAGGCGUUGACAAGGAUUCCGUGGCGGACAGGGCAGGAUUAAUGGUCGGAGAUCAAAUUCUAGAAGUAAAUGGCCAGUCGUUUAUGGACGUAACACACGACGAAGCCGUAGCUCAACUCAAAUACCAUAAACGUAUGUCUUUAGUCGUGAGGGACGUAGGAAAAGUCCCACAUUCCUGCACUGCCUAUGAUAGAGACUGGGACUUAUGUAGUCCAGGAAGUAGAGCUGCGCAAACCACUCGGAAAUGGGCAGCUGCGCUUCAAAUGGUGGAGGAGAAAGCUCGAAUAAUUUUGAGUCGUCCUGAAUUUACUACCCUAUGUUAUUAUACAGAUGAAUACGCAGCCAGACACAUGACCAUAGAUGCCUUCGUACAAGUGAUGACUGAACUUCUAAAUACCCCCGAUAAGUAUACACUAAUGACCGAAUUAAGAGAAAUAGUAGCUCUUGACGACCGUAUGAAGUUUGAUGAAUUAGUUUAUAGAAGAGAUUUCGACCCUUCGAGAAUUAGAGAUCCUAGGGAACACGAUUACAGACAUUCACGCAGAAAAGGAAUGCCAAUUCCGGAUUCAAAUAACGCCAUCUAUUCAGGUUAUGAGUCUGAAUUGCGAAGUCCACCAAUUAUAAAUAUUCAAAAUGAAGGUGACUAUCAUCGAUCACCUAGUGAAGAUUCAGGUUUGGGAAUGGGAGUGGCUGACAAAAAUCCUACAAGAGUUCGACCGGCAAGUGCUACAGGAAAAUUAAAUGACGAAGAUCACCAAAAUCAGGACUACGUCAGUGGCGAGGAAGAUAAUCCUGCAGGAACAAGAAGCAGGAGACAUUCAAGUCCCGGGGAAUCGAGGACAGGAAGUACGACAGCGUUGCAUCAACAAGAUUACCCUGAUUCCGUAAGUUAUUUCACAAAUUCUGAAUAA